AUGUCCGAUGUUUCACUGGUGGCGGAGGCGCUGAUCUCCUUCCACCAUGUUGAGCCGCCGCCUCAUCCCGAGAAGAGCGGCGUGACGGAUCUCAAGCUGAAAUGGAGUGUGCGACAGGGGAGAAGCAAGGCUACGGGGCCAUCGAGAAAGAAGGGAGAGCAUACUCGUGCCAGUCCCUCUACGCCUCUUUCUUGGAGCGACGCCACUUCUCUCAGCGGUGGUGGUGCAGGUGGAGGCAGCGGUGUCGCUGCCUUUGAAGAGUCCAGUUGCACUGUGAAAUUGUCAGAGGCUGUUAGAUCUAAGGUUCGUUUGGUUUAG